UAAAGAAAAUUCCAAUCAGAAAAGCCACGGACACUCUCCUAUCAUACCCCAAACAGAGCACACUCUCUCUCUCUCUCUCUCUCUCUCUCUCUCUGUGUUACUUCACCCAUCUUGAACAAAAAGUCUUUCAGAAAUCAUGGCUGCUGUUGUUGUACUGUGUUUAGUGACGUUCUUGGCCAUGGCUGGUCAUUCAACUGCGACUUACUGCAUAUGUAAAGAUGGAUUGAGUGACUCAGUGCUUCAGACGGACAUAGACUAUGCUUGUGCAAACGGAGCUGAUUGUUCUCACAUCCUUCAAAACGGAUCUUGUUAUAACCCAGUCACUGUCAAGGAUCAUUGCAAUUAUGCUGUCAACAGCUAUUAUCAGAGGAAAAACCAAGUUUCUGGGAGCUGUGAUUUUUCUGGCACUGCCAUCACCACCCAAGCUGUCCCUAACCAAAUCUCUGGAUGUGUUUAUCCUUCUAGUCCCAGCACGGCAGGAAAUACCAGUACAACCCCAUCACUCAGCCCAUCUACAAGCCCAACAACCCCUUCGGUUUUCGGGCUCGGCCCAACCACAGGAAGUGGAAGCACAACCAACACAAACAACAAGGCCACUGUGACUACUCUCCACCAAAAAACACUCUUGUUUUGGUCUCUCACCCUAACCCUGUUGCUCUCUGGCCCCUUGUUUUCAAGAGCCUGAUCGACUUGCGGUUGAGAUUUCACCACGAUAGCUUAGGUAAAGCAUGUGCUUCUUCUGAGGAGUACCAGGGAAUCAUAUGGAUACAUCUCUCCCCAUGCACCAAGGGCUUUUUUUUUGUUGUCUUUCCUUCUUAUAGGUGAAAAAAUUCUGGGAAUUUGAUUACUUGAAGUGGGGAUGUGGCCUAUAAAACUAGGGUAGAACUUAGAAGUAGAUUGAUCUCUUUCCAUUAGGGUUUUCCUUUUGUAUCUUUCUACAGAGCUAGAGGCAUUAGAAGCUUAUUUUGAAGUUUUGUUGAGAAUGUGCCUGCCCCAUUGAUCUACCUUAAGUUAAAGCUUAGUCUAUCUGAAAGUUGCUGUGGAUGUGAUUGGUUACAGUUGGGAUGUGUGUGUCUUCCCAAUGUACAAUUAAAGAAGUAUAUUGUGUAUUCUAUAUGUUUUUUUAUAA